AUGUCAACAUUCAAUCUCAUACACCUCGUAAAGCACCUCCUCUGGUCGGCAAACACGGAUAUGUCUACCAACUAUAGUGCGACGCCUGCGGGCUUGGAGGAUGAGAUUAAGCCUGCCAUCAAUCUCCUUCGCGGCUGGCCGAGCAGUUCACUGCUGCCCGUCGAGCUAAUUAAAGAGGCAGCUAAUGCAGUGCUCAGCGACACUUCCGUAGCUUACGAUGGGCUAUGGUAUGGACCAGACCCUGGCUACGAACCAGCCAGAGUGGCUAUCGCUUCCUGGCUGACGUCCUUCUACAAACCCACCGCGUCCAUUUCAGCUGGCCGCAUAUGCAUCAACGGCGGAGCAUCGCAGAGCCUAGCAUGUCUGCUCAGCGUCUACACCGAUCCCGAGUAUACGCGCAACGUAUGGUUCGUAAGCCCGGCCUACAUGCUGGCAUUCCGAGUCUUCGAAGACGCCGGGUUUCAUGGCGACAAGCAGCGUGCUGUGCCUGAGGAUGAGGAAGGAAUCGAUCUUGAGUAUCUGCGGCGAGAGCUCGAACAGAGCGAGGCCAAGGCAAAAAAAGAAGGAAAUACUGCUCCACGAUACAAGCCGCACAGGGAGCGAGCAAAGGUCUACAAGCACGUCCUCUACUGCGUUCCUACGUUCUCGAAUCCUUCCUCGAGGACGAUGAGUCUCAGGAGGCGACGCGAGCUCGUGCAACUAGCACGAGAGUAUGACAUGCUAGUGUCAUGUGAUGAUGUGUAUGACUUCCUGCAGUGGCCAGCAGAUGUGUCUCAGAACCAGCUCAACGGAUCAGGAACAAAGCUCGAGAUGAUGAAGACAUCACACUUACCGCGCCUAGUGGACGUGGAUCGGGAGCUGGACGGCGGGCCCGAGCGAGAUGGUGCUGAUGGUUUUGGAAACGUGUGCUCCAAUGGCACUUUCUCCAAACUGCUAGGGCCAGGGCUUCGGUGCGGCUGGGUCGAAGGCGCAGAGAAGUUCUCCUACGGCGUUUCUCAAGCAGGCGCCCAACGAUCAGGCGGCGCUCCAUCACAUCUCACGAGCAUUUACAUUUCCAGGAUGCUGGUGUCCGGCCAGGUACAGAAGCACAUUUCCGACGUGCUACAGCCGGCUUAUGCCUCGAGAUACAACACUAUGGCGAAAGCAGCGAAAGAGCACUUACUUCCACUAGGCUUCAGCUUGUCACAGCCGGACCGCGAUGUCGUAGGCGGAUACUUCAUAUGGCUGGGACUUCCGCACGAGAUCAAGGCCAUCGAGCUGACGAAAAGGUGUCAAGAAGCUGAAGCAUUGAUCAUUGCACCAGGUAGCAUCUUCGAGGUACCUGCGGAUGAUAGUGCCAAGUUCGAGCAUGACAUACGCUUGUGCUUCGCUUUCGAAGAUGAGCCCAAACUGCGUGAAGGCGUAAGGCGGAUCUCUGUUGUCGCCAAGAAGCUACUUGCGGGCGCACAUUCGACAGGAGAUUAUGUUAUGGUGCCGAAAGCAGAGGACGAGGAUAGACUGCAGAACUUCAUGUGA